UCAGAUUGGCCUGCAGCCUUUGUGUUAGUUGAUUCCGGAAUGGAAGACGAUUGCAACCGACCAAUCUCGUCGUCUUCGCCCAGGUCGACAACGCCGUCCGAUAUCGUCGAACGUUGGGUCCAUCUUCAGCGGGAGAUGAAUCAACACACGUCGACGUCCGAAUCGUCGCCCGUCCAUCGCAUCCGGCCCAUAGUCAAAUCGUCUUCACGUCCAACCAAGAGCAGUCCCUAUCGGCAACAGCCCGUCGAGAGUUUGACGGUCAGUUUCGCUUCGUUACUCGUCGAUCAGAUCAACGGCUCACCUUCCAAAGCGACUUGUUCAUCCAGCACCAGCAAAAGAGGUAAGAACUACAAGAAGACCAAGAAGAAAUCUCGGUUCAGCAACACCCCCACAGUCAAAAUUACAAUUCGAAACAACAAACCCGUCACCGAAAUUGAUCACGUUGAAGAGUGGCUACAACAACGGAGUGCUCAUUACGCCUGGUGGCGUAAAUUCGUCCCGUCCAACAGUGUCUGCGCCAAUCCGACUGUGGUGGCCUUUAAUCGACCCAGUUCCAGCACAUUUCCGGUCGUCACCAAGAGUUUGAGUGUCAACCAUUCGCAACCCAAACAGCCUAAAGCUCCUCGAUGCGUCUUGUGGUUCCAGUUUACUGGCAAUCCUUCGAAGCCGCGCCCGAGCAGUUACCACAAGACGCCGGUUUCAUCCGCCCGGAUGCACAGCAUCCGCAUUGAACAGCAACCGUUAGGCGGUGCCAACGCUCUCGUCUUCGUGGCCGAAUUGCGUAUCGGCGAAGACUUUGCCAUCGUUUCCCGACGUCAACCGGGAUUUACUUUUAGUCUGACUUUCUUCAUCGAUGGAGUCCGACACGCCCGACUCAGCGGCUGCUGCGAAAACGCCCGGAACAUCCACGUGCCGACCCGAGUUGGUGGUCCGAUUGGAGCAUUUGUCUUGAGAUCUGUUCAAGGAGGAGAACAGUGUCAAGUGUGUGAGAAAUCGGCUCCUUUUGCCGACCCGGAAUUGUUCACCGUCUGGCCCAAAAGUCACCACAGGCAAUUCAUAAACAGCAGUCAAGAAUGCGGAAUAGAAAGGAGCCAGGAUAACCAACACUAUCCAUCGAGGAGACGCAGUUCGCUAAAACGGGCAAAGGCGCUGAGUGCGACGGAAUUGGCGGCGACCGUUUCCAGUCAAUCGGUGGACGACGAGCAGCCGUCCUGUGAUGUUCUCGGUCCAGGAUUCACGUCCAACGAAGACACUUACGAAGAGAAUUUUUAUUCGGACGUUAUCGCGCCUUCCACCGAGGAAACGUGCCAGGAGCAACAAUCCUACGAAGUCACCGCCACCACUGGGUCCCAAUCCGAAGUCUACGAGGAGCAAAUUUCAUCCGACCUGUUCAUCCCUUUCGGUUCCGUUUCCAUAGAAGAAGUCUUCAGUAUUGGCAGCCCUUUAAGAACACCCCAUUCGAGUCCCCGAAGCUUUAUCGCCCUAGACUAAAAAUAAAUUAAAUUGAAUAAAUUAAAUUCAGUUAUGACGCUACCGACAUGUCAACCAUGUUUUGUUUCCUUUUUGGCACUUGUGGUUAAUGUUAUCAACAUAGACGUUGUAUUCGAUAUUCUGUACAAUUGGGUGAAGGAAUAAAGGUCCGAUCUUAGUAUA